AUGGUGAGCGCUAAUUGUCAGGAUCAAGCUAGGGAGGUGAACUACUGCACGCUAUUCUUAUAUCUAAUCUCUGGAUCUUUUGAGUCUGGGAUUGAUCAAGUCAACAACAUUGAGUCCGCAAUCGCGUCCGAGACAUUUGUUACCGCGUUUGCUCGAUUCCUUGGACAACGUGCGACCGCAAACCCCAAGUCGUGGGUCUGGAGGGGAACUCUUGAAGUACUGCAGCGCAGCUCGCGACCUGGUGUCCUCGGUGAUAUUCAACCAUCAUCUAACGGUUUUUGCGCGAUUGGUCAGCGCGCUUUGCAGAGUCAUUUGGCGAGUGCGACCGGUCGCCCCAACCUCCCGACUUUUGCCAAACACCGCCGGGCAUUGUGUUCCCUCGCGCCAAUUGUGCCAAUCGCAAUUGAUACCAGAAUCGUGUCAACGAACAAAGCCGUUUCUGAGGCCGGUCCCGAACAGCUUUUUCCGGCUAUGAGCACUUCUCAUCAGCAGGCCGUGCCACUCCCCGCUCAUGCCUCUGCAGUAUCGACCACAUCAUCUCCAGCCCAGAAGAAUGCGCGCGCACCCUAUCCCGACAUGCUAGGUUCACCGCCGGUUCCUCCCCCGAGGACCUCUUCCAGUCGCCGUACUCAAAAUGAAACCUCUACAGAGAAAACGAGUAGCUCUCGACAAGGCAAGAGCAGGUCCGAUCGAAAAGACACCCGUGAUCGCACGCGCGAUAGCACGCGCGAUGACCGAAAUGGCAGAUCACGGAGGCAGCCUGAGGACACAUCUCGUGAAGUACAAUCAAGGACGGAUUCAGAAGUGGACAUCCCUGGCCGUGUAAAAGAACCAAGUUCGGAGGCCAAGUCUGUGCUACCUAGUGACUAUGGUAUGGACGAGAGAGAACGACCCGCCACAGAAAAUGCCUCUACGGGUAGCGUCGAAGAGGAGGCUCGUGGGCCUCGAAGUCGGCAUGAUUACAAUAAUGGGAACGUUGUCAAACGCAAGGAAACCACCUUCGGCUCGUACAUUCUCGGACAAACCCUCGGCGAGGGAGAGUUUGGAAAGGUCAAGCUGGGAUGGAAGCGCGAUGGCACUCUCCAGGUAGCAAUCAAGCUCAUCCGAAGAGACACACUGGGGACCAACCCCAGCCGAUUACCGAAAAUCUACCGUGAAAUCGCCAUUCUGCGUGAGCUGGCGCACCCCAACAUUGUGCGCCUCCACGAGAUGGUGGAAACUGACCGUCACAUUGGUAUCAUCAUGGAAUACGCGUCGGGAGGUGAACUGUUUGAUUACAUCUUAAAUAAUCGAUAUCUCAAGGAUAAUUCUGCACGCCGGCUGUUUGCUCAGCUGGUGUCCGGUGUUGGUUAUCUGCACAAGAAGGGUAUUGUGCACCGUGAUCUCAAGUUGGAGAACUUGCUACUCGAUCGGAAUCGCAACAUCAUCAUUACUGACUUUGGAUUCGCCAACACCUUCGACCCGGUGGAUCCUUUAGACGAGGAAAUGGAGUACAACUUGACCAACAAAGAAUACGUCAAACGGAAGCGACUAGACAAGAUUGGUCCAAAUGGGCUAAGGCGAGGCGAUCUUAUGCAGACCAGCUGUGGUAGUCCCUGCUAUGCAGCCCCCGAGCUUGUCGUGAGCGAUUCUUUAUACACAGGCCGGAAGGUGGAUGUGUGGAGCUGUGGUGUAAUUUUGUAUGCCAUGCUGGCGGGAUACCUACCCUUCGAUGACGACCCAGCAAACCCAGAUGGCGACAACAUUAAUCUCCUUUACAAAUAUAUCGUCACUACUCCUCUCACAUUCCCGGAAUACGUCACGCCACAUGCGCGCGAUUUAUUGAGACGGAUACUGGUUCCUGAUCCCCGGAAACGUGCAGACCUGUUCGAGGUUGCCCGUCACAGCUGGCUCAGCGAGUUCUCGAAUGUUGUGUCUCAUAUCACAAGUAGUACGACAAACGUUGUGGACAUUGCGAAUACAACGAUCCCAUCUGAAACCCAAAAGGAAGCACCGCCUCUUGUCCGUAGUGCUUCAGUGCGCGAACCACCGAAGACACAUCAGCACGCCCCUGCUGUUGGUGGCUUGAACCAUCAUGCUGGAGAUGUUUCUCAAGACCCGCCGUCCGAAAAGUCUAGAACCCCCCGCGAUGCCAAGCGGAGAACGGUCCAAGUCGAAUACGUUGCUCCUCAAUCACAAACGACCCGAGGAGAACCUCCGGUGGAAACGUCUGCAUCACGAAGCCGAGUCCCGGCCCCAUCUGAGGCCCAGAUCGCAGCUUCAGCGCAACAACCCACAGAGCCUGCAACUGCACCACUCAACCUGAACAAGCCACUUCCAGGGCACUUGCCGCGGUCGGCCUCGGACCACGCAGCCAUGACGGGGUCGCAGACGAGUGGGAUGUCGCAAGGGCAUCGGCCAGCCACUGGUACUUCUAUGAGCUCCUUUGGAAACACUGGUCGUUUGCCUUCUCGCGGCUCCUAUGGACAGCCGGUGGCUCCUACUGUUACCGCAACUAACACAGAAGGCCGCCUAGCACAGCCCAAGAGCAGGCAAUUUGCUCUUCCACAGGAUCCUGCACAGGGAUCGAGCACAUCUAUCCGUCGUGCAAGCACCCAGAACCAGCAAUUGCCUGCCACCUUUAACACUACUCCCCGACAAGAGCCGCCAAAAGGCCACAAGAGGUCCAAUACUGUUUCCAGCCUGGGCGAGAAACUGUUCGGUCGUUCUGGUUCAAUAUUGGGUGGUCGUUCGCAGUCUAAUGCCACUCGUACAAAGCAAGACAAGCGUUAUCCUCCUGUCAGCAUGAAGGAGCCUCUACCGAGGGAAAACUCCAGAGUGUCUGUGGAUUCCCGCCGCUCGAUGCAAUACCCCCAUAACCGCAAGACAAGCGAGUCUGGCGCGGAAAACCGUCCUCGUCGAUUCUCAUUACUCCCGCAAUCCUUCUCAUUUCGCGGUUUCUCUAAUACCCGGGCUCCGACUCCCGAAGAACCCUCGCAGAUCCCUCGUCCCGUGGACCCCCGUGUCCCGCAACGCCCUACCUCGGGCCCUGCCGGCCCCUCGCAGGGUCGCUCUCGGGCGACAAGCUAUGGCACGCAAGAAGCUAUGGGGAUAGUUGACGAGGGACCCGGCGAAGAUGUUCAUACCGAACCUGAGCCGCUUAGCUAUGAGGCCCAGAUUGAUCAACAGUUUGCAGACCUGGGAUCUCAAUUUGACUACCAAAGUGGUUCCUUUGGAGUCCCCUCGCCUGAGGAAGUCUACCAGAACUCUGCAGACCGCAUUGAUCAACAAAAUCACUCAUCUAAACCAAACUACUACGAUGAUUACAAUGGCCCAUAUGACAGCGCGCCUAGGCAGUCGACGCAGGUUGGCCGGUCAGGCCGUGGGCCGGGUGUUUUGCAGAAAAGCCACCGCAAAUUCGCGGACGCCUACGAAUAUGAGCGCGACGGGUCUCACCAUUCCGGCAGCUCGGGGGCUGCACGCAAAGUCAUGGACUUCUUCCGAAGACGCGCCAAGUCCCGCGGCGGCGAUGACCGUUGA